AUGGGCACUCCCAAGUGUGACUUUGGAUUCUCCACUGUGGUAGCUGCGCACAGUCCCUUUCAGAGAAAGCUUAGCAUCCCUCCCCCACUCUUGGAGGAUGACUACCCACCUAUUCACACCCCACUCUUGGAGAAUGAACACCCACCUAUUCACACCCCACUCUUGGAGAAUGAACACCCACCUAUUCACACCCCACUCUUGGAGGAUGAACAUCCACCUAGUCACACCCUACUCUUGGAAGAUGAGCACCCACCUAUUCACACCCUACUCUUGGAGGUUGAACACCCACCUAUUCACACCCUACUCUUGGAGGAUGAACACCCACAUAUUCACACCCCACUCUUGGAGGAUGAACACCCACAUAUUCACACCCCACUCUUGGAGGAUAAACACCCACCUAUUCACACCCUACUCUUGGAGGAUGAGCACCCACCUAUUCACACCCCACUCUUGGAGGAUGAACAUCCACCUAUUCACACCCCACUCUUGGAGGAUGAACACCCACCUAUUCACACCCCACUCUUGGAGGAUGAACAUCCACCUAUUCACACCCCACUCUUGAAGGAUGAGCACCCACCUAUUCACACCCCACUCUUGGAGGUUGAACACCCACCUAUUCACAGAGGGUUGUGA